UCGGAGUGUUCCGGCUUGGUGAUGGACAUCAUAGCAGGAUGCUCAACAUAUCUAAGUCGGACAUCUGUAAUAAGUGGGAGAAGUCAGGCCACUCUGCUCAUGUCACCAUACAGAACAAUUACUGGCUGACAGUGUUCACAGACCAUCAGGAUGUCGGUUCCUUUGUCUGGGGUAGAGCUGCUCAGAGUGUGUACAGUGCUCCAGGACUGUGAGGCACAGCUGUCAGUGCUGGGUCACAUCAUGCCCGACACCUACAGGGGUCGUCCAGAAGCUGAUAAGUUUGUGUCAGCCGACAUUGCACAGGUCCUUGAACAGCAGAAAGGGGCAGAGCAGAACCUGAAAGCAGCCCGUCAGUUUGAGAGAGAGUCUGGGAGACUGUCAGAUGCCACCCGUGAGCUGCACAGAUCCCAGAAGGAACUGAACCGCACACUAGAGGAGAACCCACUGUCCCCUGACAACCUGGCCAAGGUGCAGAGAGACAGUCAGUUUGUGGCUCACGUGAUUGCUGAUGUGUUGGCAGAGCUGCAAGAGAAAGGGACCUUUCACAGCUUGCUUUUCGCUGUGGGAGAAGAGAAAAGAAGGAAGGCCAACCUCCAGGACAUAAUAAUCAGGUCAGGUUAUGGUCAAUAUGAAUAUGUAGGCUAAUAAUUCAUUGUCUGUGCAGGCAAUAGUCAAAUUCUUUCAAAACCCACACAAAGAGGAGGCUGCUGAGGGGAGGGUGGCUUGUAAUAAUAUCUGGAAUGUUGUAAAUGGAAUGGUAUCAAACGCAUGGAUGUGUAUGAUACCGUUCCAGCCAUUUCUAUGAGCCUGUUUUAUUUUGAUUGAAAACAGAGCUAUAAUUUGUCUUUGCUUAUUAUAGGACUUGCAUACAGUGUCUGCCUUAAAAUUCAAUCUAAAAAGGGAUUACAUUUGAUGUUUUUUCCGAUAGAUCUACACAACCUACUCCACAUUUUCAAAGUGA